CUGUGCUCAGCACCCCAAGGUGUUCUCUCUCUCUGUCAGUCGGAUCGUUUUGUUCCAGGCCUCCUAGGUGUGACUCUGUUUGACUGUGUGCCAUCAGAGGGCUGAAACCGAGGAGAAUAACCCGCCCCAAAUUAAAAAAAAAAAAGGGAGAGGACUUGCGACAAAUCUACUAGAACCCAGACGCAAGAACAUUUGCCAUUUAUUGAUCAAGAUAGCAACUCCUGUGGACUUUUCCUGAGUCGGUCCGGUGACAAAGUCCGACUACCCUUUACUCUAAAAUGACAAAGAUUGUAUUCUAUCCUGUUUACUUGCUGCUGAUCCUUUCCUGCGUGGAGUCAUGUUCUAUCCCCGGCUCUCUCUACGUCCUUUCGCCACAAACCAUCCCAGCUGGAUACCACCUCACAAAAGUUGAAGCUGUCGGCUGUGACCCCGAGACUCUUCAUUUAACUGUGGAGGACCCUAGUUUUACCGUACAGAGCAACGGGGUUGUAGUAGCGCUCAGUCCGGUCUCUGUGGCAACCAGCGGGCGGACAUUUUCUGUCAGGGCUCAGGACGGCAGUGGGCCGGCCAGUGAGAUGGAAGUUCACCUUGUCUGCGGUACAAAGCAGAAGACCAAUGAAAAGGGUCAGGCCAUUUUGAAGCGCACCAAAAGACGGUGGAGCCCUCCGCCCAUCAACAUACUGGAGAACGACGUUGGGCCUUUUCCUAAAGACGUUGAAAGGAUUGCGUCAAAUUCAGAAGCCAAAUAUGAUGUGUACUACACCAUUGAAGGACCCGGAGUGAACGAGUACCCGCUCAACAUCUUUAGCCUCGACAAAGAAACUGGGGUACUGAAAGUGCACCAGCCAUUGGACCGUGAGGAGUUUCCAAAAUUCAUAUCAACGCUGUGGACAGAAGUUACCAAACAGCCUAAAGACUUACCUUUGGACCUCACUGUAUCAGUGGACGAUAAAAAUGAUAAUAAGCCAGAGUUUUCGGGCCCGCUUAUAUUUUCGGUGCUCGAGCAAACCACAAAUUUGGUGGUGGGCAAAGUAGAAGCCACGGACAAAGAUGAUCCCGAAACAGACCACGUGAAGAUCAAAUUUACACUCAAAGACGGGUUGGAAUAUUUUGCCAUCAACCCAGAUACGGGCGUCAUCACCACAGUGUCAAAUAAACUGGACCGAGAGACAAAAGACAGACAUAUGGUGACUAUAGAAAUCAGAGAUUUGAAGGGGGCACCAAAUGGUCUUUUUAACACCGCGACGGCCACAAUCACCUUGCUCGACAUCAAUGACAACCCACCAACUUUCCGCCAACCAUCCUUUAAAGCCACCAUUCCAGAAAAUAAAGGGGAGACACUUAUCCUGAGAAUUCCUGUGGACGACAAGGACUUAAAAAACUCAGACAACUGGAUUUCCAAAUUUGUCAUAACGAAAGGAAAUGAAACAGGAAAUUUCAGGAUUGAAACCGAUCCCACAACAAACGAAGGGCUUCUCUAUGUUACAAAGCCCUUAGAUUAUGAGAAGAACAGCAAAGUGAACCUCGAGAUCUCGGCCCAGAAUAAAGCAAAGCUGAAUGGCACCACCGCCAGCUGGCUGACCGUCCCGGUGGAAGUUGAUGUGACCGAUAUAGACGAAGGUCCAGAAUUCCUCCCUGCUUCUGUUACCUACACAAUCAAAGAAAACCUACCGAAUGGCACAGUGAUAGGAACGUACAAAGCUGUUGAUCCGGAGAGCCGGAAUAGCAAUGGGAUCACGUAUAGGAAGCAAACUGAUCCCGGAUCAUGGGUUGGCGUGGACCAGGCUACAGGAGAGCUGACCGUUACGAACACAAUCGACAGAGAGUCCCCUCUUGUUAAGGAUGGAAUGUAUAUCAUCACUGUGAGAGCUACGGAUUCCAGCUUCAAAACGGGAACAGGAACAGUCACCCUUGUGAUACUGGAUGAAAAUGACAACAUACCAAUAAUCCCAGAGAGACUGAUUAUGUGUGAGGAAGGAGACAAACUGACCUCCAAGUAUAUUUUUCCGGAAGACAACGACAACAGUCCAUAUUCUGCCCCCUUCAGCUUCGCGAUCUCAGAAGAAUAUGUUGACACAUGGAACAUCAUGGCAAUCAAUGGGACGACCGGGUUGUUGGAGCAGAAGAAAAAACUUCCUACAGGGAUUCACGACGUCUCCUUCUUUGUGGGAGAUCAGCAGGGAAUUGGUAAAAAGCAGACGACGGAAGUGAGGAUCUGCCAAUGCGUAAAUGGGAAAUGCAUAGACAAAGAUCGCUCUGUGUCUCUGGGGCCAAUGGGUAUCCUGGCGUUGCUGUUACCCCUGUUCCUCCUCCUUCUGCUCGGUUUACUCCUGUUCUUCGUUUGCACUACAAAGCGAGAGAAGAUUCCACUUGACGAUAUGGGAUACAGUGCCGGGAUCCUACUUCCGUCAAACACAGAGGCCCCCGGCGACGAAGUGGAUACCACGCAUAUUUUUAAACCCGACUAUGGGUAUGAGCAGGGGGUAAAAAGUUCAAUCAAGGGCUCCACGAUGAAUAUGGGAUUGCUCGGACAGAAGAGCACAAGCACGAUUGGAGGACACAGCGUGCAUGACAAUGGAUUUCAACAGAGCUCCGUAUUUAACACGCUGAAUAUGCAGAAUCGGUCCUCUAGCCAGUUUGAAAAGUACAGUCUGCAUAAUGGAAGCCGGGUUUUUGGCAAUGGCGCGGAAUAUGGUUCUGGUCUCCACGCCAGCGAGCUAACCAGCUAUCAAACUUGGAGGACGCAUGGCCUUUGUUUGAACGAGAAACUGAACAACUUACAGAGAAGCGAGGAAGACCCACGAGAUGGCGAUGACGUCCUGCACCGCUACGGUUACGAGGGAGUGGGCUCGCCUGUUGGCUCCGUGGGAUGCUGCAGCGACCAUGCUUUUGAGGAAAACCUUGACUUUUUGAAUUCAAUUCAGCCAAAGUUCAAAACUCUUGCGGAAGUCUGCACGAAGAGAUGAACAAGAACCAUAAAGCUCUGUUUACUUUUUGAUUGUACAUGAUUUAGAUGCGUGGGAUGUGAAUGCUUGGGAUGGCCCGCCGUGGUUCUGUUCACGUUUGUUUUUUUUGUUGUUUUAGGCUGUUGUAUUUUAUUUUAUUUUAUUUUUUACUUUUGUGGUAGAAGUCUUUUGCACUGAAAACAAAGCAGAUGUCAGAUGUGAUUUAACUUCCAUAGCCUUGGUGAUGUUAGAGUUAAGAUUUAUAUGAAGAGAAUGGGAAGUGCAUAAUUCAUUUGUCAUCACCUUUUUUUUUUUUUUCGCUUCUAUUAUUCAUAUGUUCUCGAGGUAAUUUUUUUUAUCUUUGUUGUUGUAUAGCUUGUUUUGUUCUGUACAGUUUAAGAGAUUUUUUUUUUAUUUCCUUUGCUGACAUUUCACACAGUGUUCAAUACAUAAAACUAUUGUAUUAUUUUUUUUUUUAAAAAACUAGUGCUUAUCCCAACUCACCCCAAAUUUGGCUUUCUUUCGUUUGGCCUUUGGGAAUUUUCCGUUGCGUUUUUUUCUUUUUCGAGCAAUUAUGUGCGCAGGCUCAUUCAUUCCAGACGCAAAAGAAUGUGUUUACAGUUAACUGGGUGUAGUUUUUGCUGACUGUCAUUGGGACUAUUGCAACAUUCUGAGAGACCGCGCAUGUGAAAGCCAACACAAGGGCGUGAACAGGAGGAGUGGGGUGUGACACUGCCUGUCAACCAAAUUCAAGACUGUCCAGACAUAUGCGAGGUCAGACACUUCAGUGGAAUGCCUACAAAUCUACUUAUUUAAGGGAAGCAUAUAUUUAUUAUCAGGUAAUUGGAUUUAUAAUGCAUUUUUGGAAUAUUAAACAAGAUCAAAGUUGUGCUAUUCUAAGGUUCGGAUUGAGAUGAGCUGAAAAGAACAAUAAAUUCAAGUGAGAUCCAAA